CCAGGCCAUACGUCUGACCGCACCGUGUCAGCGAGAGAUGAUCAUGUUGGCACCCGGCGACACUCACCAAAUUUUCCGUCAUGUGUCACUACCCUCCCCUCCGGUUCCGGCGAUCGCUCUCCACGAUUUCACCAACCACAUCCACCUUCGUCGCCGCCACCUCCUCACUGCACUUACCCUUUCCUUCAACUUCAUUUCGCCCUUUACAACUUCGCUACCCAUUGCGGAGCCAGUCGCCGUCGCUCGCGGUCUCUUCCAGAUGCCCCCAUUUCGUCUCACUAAUCGGUAUUUUCUGGUGAGGGCUGGAGAGUCUCAAUUCGAAACCAUGGGAGUGAUUAACACGAACCCGGUGGCCAAGACUUCUGUCGAUAGUGGCUUAUCUGAAAGAGGGAAGAAGCAGGCGGUGAAAGCUGCUUUUGAUCUUAAGGAAAUGGGGGCUUGUGAUAAGAGUUGCUGGAUUUGGCCUGCCAUUACCCAAAGGGCUUAUCAGACUGCAGAAAUUAUUGCAUCCGUCAAUGGAGUUAGUAGAAGUUUUAUAGUCCCAGAAUACAGCUUUCUGGAUGCCCGUGGGUUGGGUGCUUAUGAAGGCAAAAACUUGGAAUCCAUGUCAGAAAUAUAUGCAUUAGAUAGUAUUUCUCCAAACAGCAAACCCCCUCCUGUGGAUGAUGGAACUCCAAAUGAGAGUGUUAGUGAUGUUUUUGUCCGAGUAACACAACUCAUGUCAAUUCUCGAAACUCAGUACUCGGGCGAUACUGUGGUUAUAGUUUCCCCAGAUUCUGACAAUUUGACAGUUCUUCAGGCCGGUUUGAUAGGACUUGACUUGCGAAGGCACAGGGACCUGUCUUUUGCGCCUGGUGAAGUCCGUUUUGUUGACAUCAAAAGCAUUCCCACUUAUAAGCAGCCCGCAUCUGCAGUAUAUAAAUGUUUGAACCCCCCAAAUUGUAAUUAACUUUUCCCUUCUAAUCAAAAGCAGAAAAGAGGGUAUUGAUGAAUCAGUUUGAUAUUAUCGAUUUAUCAUGUAUUGUUAUCUUGACCAACAGAUCGAAACAGAAAUUCUAUCCAUAAUAGUUAUGCAUGCA